UUUCUUAAACAAAACUCACACGGUUUGUAUCAAUAUUUCCUGAAAUGAUUUGGUGAGGACAUGCAAAUGUACUUUUAUGCUGCUAACAAAAGAAAAGAAAUCACCUUUCAUCUCCACAGAGAUGAAGGAUGAAUGUAGGAGUUUGAUGGCAGCUCUGUCUGUGAACGUGCCGACGGUCUACAUGUUCCUGAGUGUCUUCUUCCUUCCAGGAGUUUGGAUGUUAUUCAUACCUUGACAUGACUGCACCAAAGAAGCUGGAAGCUCUGACUUUAUCCUGCUUGAUAAUUCCAUGUAGCUUUAAGACAAUACCAGGACAAGGAAAAGGAAAUGAGUUUGACAACAGCAGAGAAGACACUGGAGUGUGGAUUAAAAAAUAUAGUUAUUUUAACAGCCAUCCAGACAAUGUGAUUUCCAACAGCAGUAAUCAGGAAAACAUCUAUCCAAUGAAGAUCUUUGGAAACCUGAAACAGAAAAACUGCACCACUUUGUUUGAAGACACUUGCAGAGUUAAGUGUUCUUUGGGAUCACGCGAAACAAUUUGACGAUGACAACUUCAAGCAGGCGUGAACAUGUCAGUUUCCUCUUUCAAACUCUGAGUAGGAAGACAAGUGUUGGACUGCCAUUUUGAGUUCUGAGUCUUCGUGUGAGCUGGUAAAAGAUCUACAGCGUAAUAAAGAUUUGUGUUAAUCUCUGGAUUUAGUUUUUUCUUUUUCUUUUUUUUACAAAACUCACACGGUUUGUAUCAAUAUUUCCUAAAAGGAUUUAGUCAGGACAUGCAAAUGUACUUUUGUGCAACAAACAACAACAAAAAUACUUUCAUCUCCGCAGAGAUGAAGGAUGAAUGUAGGAGUUUGAUGGCAGCUCUGUCUGUGAACGUGCUGACAGUCUACAUGUUCCUGAGUGUCUUCUUCCUUCCAGGAGUUUGGGCUGAAUGUGAUUGGGAUUCACAUCUUCACAUUACUGCACCAAAGAAGCUGGAAGCUCUGAGUGGAUCCUGUUUGAUAAUUCCAUGUAGCUUUGAAACAACGCCAGGGGAUAAUGGAGAGAAGUUUGACAACGGCAGAGAAAUCAUCGGAGUUUGGAUUAAAAACAAUACUCAGUUCUUUGAAAAUCCGUACAAUGUGAUUUUCAACAGCACUAAUCAGACAAACAUCUAUCCAAUGAAGAUCAUUGGAAACCUGACACAGAAAAACUGCACCACUUUGUUUUCUAAUUUGAUCACAAACCAUACAGAAAGAUAUUAUUUUAGGAUUGAAAAUAGAAAAUUUAAAGAAGUCGACUGUUAUAAACCUAUUGAGAUAAAAAUUCAAGAUUCUCCUCAGAGUCCCAGCAUUGAAAUCCCAGCUGAUCUGAAGGAGAAGACGUCUGUCUCCAUCACCUGCUCGGCUCCCACUCCCUGUCCUCACUCCCCUCCUGAACUCACCUGGAAUCUCCAAGCAGACUCUCAGAGACAAACGGAGACAAACACAGAUGGAAGCUUUACAACUAAAAUCCAGAAGACCAUCACUCUGUCAGACACUCAUGAUGGAUUCACCAUCAGAUGUUCUGCCAGAUAUCCUGUGAAUGAAGGACCACCAAAGACAGCAGAGACACUAAAGACUCUCAGUGUUUCAUAUGCUCCUAAGAACACCUCAGUAUCCAUCAGUCCAUCCGCUUCAGUGUCUUUAGGUAUCUGGGUGAAGAUGACCUGUUCCAGCAGAGCUAAACCUGCUGUCAUCAACUUCAGCUGGUUCAGGAGAAGCAAAGAUGGAGACCAGAAAGUAACUGAAGGAGAAUUUUACAGCCUGAAUUCAGCAGAAGGAGGAGCUUUUUACUGUGUGGCCACAAAUAAUCUAGGGAGCCAGACGUCUGAAACGAUUGAUCUGAUAGUUGAAGAUACUAAGCAGUCUGGGGUCGUCUUUGCUUCAUUGAAGAUUCUGGGAGUCUUAAUGCUUUGUGCAGCAAUCAUCAUUUUUCAGAGUUGGUUUCAAUGCAGAUUCUCCAACAAACCUGAGAAGGAUCAUCACAGUCAUACUCCUGCUGAAUCAAUACAGGGCUCAAAUGAAGAAGACUAUGAGAACAUAGUGAUGGAGACCCAAACAUCUGCAGACAUUAUAACCAGACCAGGUUGAAGUGCCAGUUGGCUGGUUCAGAUCCCAAGAUUGGCAAAAGACCCUUUAGAUUACAUAUUUUUCUUUGUGACUAAAUGUAAAUGUUGUGCAGUACAUUGUAACAAAUAAAAAUUAUGCAACACAGAUUCAAUUUAGCUUAUUUACACAAAUGAUACAGACAAAGAAUGGACAUUUUCUUUGAAAAUUGAAAUAUUCU